ACGCACCAGCUCCCACCGCCCAGCAUGUCCAGCCGCAGCAAGUCUCCCCCCAACUCUGGAGAAGUUGCAGGCUCUAACUCCAUGGCAUGGGUGAAGAUGUUUAAAAAGCCUGGGGGAGGCCUGAAGAAAUCCUACCAGCCUGGAAGCAUGCUGUCUCUGGCGCUCACCAAAGGCCUGCUGAAUGAGCCCGGGCAAAACAGCUGCUUCCUAAACAGCGCCGUUCAGGUGCUUUGGCAGCUCGACAUUUUCAGGAGGAGUUUGAGGCAGCUCUCAGGUCACUUCUGUCUCGGUGAUUCCUGCAUUUUCUGCGCUUUGAAGAGCAUAUUCAGCCAGUUUCAGCAGAGCAGAGAACGCGUGCUGCCCUCCGACAGCCUGAGAAACGCCCUCGCUGAAACGUUCAAGGACGAGCAACGCUUCCAGCUCGGCCUCAUGGACGAUGCCGCUGAGUGCUUUGAGAACAUCCUGGAGCGGAUUCAUUUACACAUCGUGUCGGACGCGGUGACCGACGCGUGUUCAUCCAAAUCCUGCAUCACCCAUCAGAAGUUUGCAAUGAUGCUUUACGAGCAGUUUGUGUGUCGCUGCUGUGGAGCCUCUUCAGACCCGCAUCCAUUCACAGAAUUCGUACAUUAUGUCUCAACCACUGCUUUAUGCCAACAGGUCGAUCGCAUGCUGGGGAAGAGCGAGCGGCUCAGGUCGGACAUGUUUGGUGAACUGCUGCAGGCGGCAAACAACACAGGUGACCUCCGGAGCUGCCCGAGCGACUGUGGUCAAAGUAUCAAGAUCCGCCGUGUGCUCAUGAACUGCCCGGAGAUCGUCACCAUCGGGUUCGUUUGGGAUGCCGAGCAGUCGGACCUCACGGAUGAUGUCAUCCGCUCGCUCGGCCCGCGUCUGAACCUGUGUGGGCUUUUCAACCGUGUCACUGAUGAAAACGCCAAACGGAGCGAGCUGCAUCUGGUGGGGAUGAUCUGCUUUUCGAGUAAACAUUACUCGGCAUUUGCCUAUCACACCAAAUCUUCAAAGUGGAUGUUUUUCGAUGAUGCUACUGUAAAGGAGAUUGGAUCCAAAUGGAAAGACGUUGCCUCUAAAUGUCUCAGGGGACAUUUUCAGCCACUUCUUUUAUUUUACACCAAUCCUGAAGGAUCUCCGGUGUCUAACGAAGACGCACCGCGACAAACCACCAUGUGUCCUCGGUACAAAGCCCAAGUAAAUGGAGACGCGACAGUGAAACAUCCGCUUGGCAGUCCUAACAAGUUCCAGGAGCCUUUAAUGGAGAAUUUGCAGAGGCCAAGUGAAACAUCAAAAAAGGAUCGAGGGCAUCGGAAAACGGACUCAUCACAACACAAAGAGAUGGCACAUGCAAGAUCUUCAUCUCCAGAGAAUGGACUGAGGCCUGCUGGGGACCAAAAAUUAAAACCAUAUCCCCGCACUGAGAGGACAUCAAACCAUUCCAGCAGGGGAUCUCAGGAGCCACGUGGACAGUCCUUUGGCACACAGGGUGGUGGGCACAGCCGGAGGAACAACACGUCCCCGAGUCGCUACGAUCAGGAGGGCUGCCAGGAGCAAUGGGAAAGAGGCGGAGGAGAAGGAAGCCGCAAUAAACCCAAGUCCACUUGGAGACCCAUUCGGGAGGUGUUAAAUGUUGACACCGUCCUGAACGAACUGGAGCAGCGGCGUCAACAGCAACACGACAGCCCGCGACACAGUAAGCCGUCAUUCCAGGAACGAGUGCACGCCGAACAAAGCCGGGACCGCGAGCGGGAAUAUGUACGAACCAGAGAAGAUCGCAAGCAGAAGUGUUUAAUGACGAUUUACGAGGACGAACAGCGACACGAGACCGAGAGCCACAGUUCCGUAGAGUCCGAGAGCAGGGCCAACCAACAGAGGGGCAGCAGACUGAAGGGUGGCCCCAAGACACUGCUGCGCAGUGAUACCUGGACCAUUCAGAGGACCGAGUCCGGCUACGAGAGCAGCGACAGACUCAGCAGCGGCUCCACCAAUCCCGACUCACCUGGCGUCGAUGGCUUCGCUGCUAAAGACCAGAGAUCGACACCGGAGGCACAGCUGCAAAGUCAGCUGCACCAAAAAGGAGGCGAUGCCAAAUCAAGUCUCACAUCCUCACCUUCACACAAUGGUAAACAUCAACCCAAACCUCAGGGAAAGAACCAUGACCAAGUUUCACAUUCACAUCUAAAGUGCAGUCCAAGUUCGAGACGGAAAUCAAAGUACACCUCAUCUAGUAGCUCCAGAAAAGCAUUGUCUUCAGAGAGGGACUCCACUGGUUCAGAUAGCAGGCAGGGUGAGCAGCAGGAGCUCACAAACUGUAGAGGGCCCACUGGAGAAAGUACAGCCCUGAGGCACAUCACGAAAACCAGCAGCUCAGAGUGGAACAGCUCCGACGAUCUCGCUCUGUCCGAGCCCGAAGAACGAGAUAACGCGUACGAGGCCGUCGCCUCGGAAUCCCAGUGUCCUCGCGUAUCUCCCAGCAGCGCGACCGCGGAGCCUCUCCAACAGAACAAUCAGCGUCAGCUCGCCACGGCUGGGUCGCCCCACCUUCGGCCCGCCCAGCGGAUCCCCCCGCACCAGGGCGAAACGAGCCACGCUGCGUUUCGUCCGAGGAUGCUUCAAGAACCCUUCCCGCCGAGUCCUCGUCUCUCGUCCGCGUCCUACGUCAGUCCUCACAGGAAGCCCGACAUUUCAGGCCUCAGAACCUUCUCAGACGCCAGCUCCAAGUCGGGCUCUGACCCCGAGAGAAGUACCCCGUCGUCGUGCGACAGCGAGGAAAGACUGACUGGAUGCAGAGCGGAACAGGCCGCUCAAGAGGUUUCUCUGACAACGUACUUCAACGUGGAUAACUGCAUGACGGAAACAUACCGUCUCAAGUACCACAACCAGAGGCCUCUCGUCCUCUCCGCCACGCUGCCGCGGACAGUGGCUGUGACUGAGCGCAGAGACACGGGACACACACCCCCCACUGACACACACUCACAAGAUGUGCCAAAAGCCAGAGCUGAAACAAGCCAUAAUAGCAAUAAACCCACUGCAAAAUGGAACCCAGUGACAGCCAAAGGACUGGAUGAACGAGGUUUUUUAUGAGUGCUUCUUGGUAAGGUUUGUUUACAUGAUGGACGGUGGUCAGUAGAGUACUAACUGGAUGCCAAAGAGUUUACAGAAUGGAAAUGUGUUCUGAAGCCUGAUAUCUCCAAACUGAGUGGAAUAUAUUUAUGCAAGCUUGUCACAUAACUAAACCUGUUUCUAGAUGCCGUUGCGUAUUGUUUGACGGAUUAACAGCUAUCACAUAUCCUGCACCGUCUUCCAUUGUCCCGCAGAGAGAUCUGGUGUUAACCAAAAUUUUCAG